AUGGACGACCAAGUGAGCCGACUAGUCGAUAAAAUCUGGAACAAAUUCCAAUCCACACCCAAAGACACCCGCCUAUUAAUCGCCAUCAGCGGGAUACCCGGCUCAGGCAAGACAGAACUGGCUACCAUGAUGGCCAACCGCAUCAAUCGGCGCUACCUAACGCAACACCCCGAAUCACCACAAGUCGCAACCAACGUGCCCAUGGACGGCUACCAUCUAACCCGGGCACAACUAUCCGAGAUGCCCGACCCGGCGUAUGCCAUCGCGCGCCGCGGCGCAGCAUUCACCUUUGACGGGGAGAAGUUUCUGCAGCUGGUCCGGGCGCUGCGGGAGCAGGUGACGCCCGAGACGCAGAGUCUGUAUGCACCGAGCUUUGAUCAUGCAGUAAAGGACCCAGUUGAUGACGAUAUAUUGAUCCCGGCGUCGUGUCGGGUGAUAUUCUUCGAGGGGAAUUACUUGAGUUUGAACAAGGAGCCGUGGAAUCGCGCGGCGGAGUUGAUGGAUGAGUUGUGGUUUGUGGAGGUGGAUUUCGAGGUUGCGAAGAACCGGUUAAUUAGGAGGCAUGUUAAGGCUGGAAUUGCGAGGGAUGAGGCAGAGGCGGAGAAGAGAGUCUUGGAGAAUGAUUUGGUCAAUGGGAAGGAGAUUGUUGAUUAUCGAUUGGAUUUGCAAGAACUGGUUGUCAGUCAGUAUGAUCCUGCGUGGGAUGCGUGA